AUGGGUCUCCCGGGAGCGGCGCCCGGAACUCCGAGGCCCGGGGAGAUGUCCCUGGUUCCGGCUUGGACAAGCCGGGUCCCGCCCCGGGCAGAGCCAAGGCUGGGAAACAAAGGGGCUAAGAGGGUAAGUCAACAGCAGUGCCGCCGACCUUACCAGGGGCCGGGGUCUCGCUCCCAGCCCGCCGCCGGGCAUCCCUCAUCCCGGCACCAGGGCCGUUCCGACCGCCCAGGGAGUCCCCGCCUCCCCUUCCCUCAAGCUCUUACCCGGGCCUGUCCUCCCAAACCACUCCGGUCCAGCUCCAAGCAGGCCGCGGGCAGAGCCAGGCCCGGCCGCGGCCCUAGAGUUCCCAGGAAGCCGCAGGCCGCGCAGGUCGAGCCGGGCAAGCGGCACAGGAAAAGCCGCUCCUCGUCCCUCCCCUUCCUCCGCGGGGACCUGGUGACGGGGAAGCGAGAGGUUCCCCAGACCAGCGGCAGCCAGCGCACGUCCCGUCCCCGGCACGCGGCUCCUCCGGCCUUACAGCUCAGAGGCCCGCGCGGUGCUGCCGGCGGCGGCGGCGGGGGAGGCCGCGUCCAUCGCGAUCCGGGAGGGGGAAGGGAGGAGGGUCGGGGGAGAGCCGGGCGGGGAAGCUGCGGAGGGCAGCCGUGCGGCGCGGAGGCGGAGCAAAUGGGCUCUACUGACUGCGACCUCGCCGGCCGCCACGUGGGGCGCUGCAGGUGCCGGUCGGCCAGUGGCGCAAGGGGCGCCAGCCCUGGGUGCCAGGCGGCGGGACGCGUCGCCGCCUCUCUCUGGUCUCUCUCGCACUCCGGGCCUCGGUCUCCCUCGGCCUUGUCAGCUGUCGCUUUACUAUCGUACGCCCUGCACCUUCACUAUGCUAUCAAUCGGAGCGCGCUCCCACCACCCCGCACGCGCGGCUGCACGUACGCUCAGCGUGUUUUGCACGGUGUGUACACACUUGGCGCGCUCCUGCUGACGGCACUCAGGCUGCACGUCAAACCUGCGGCCCAGGCUGUCUUUGCCUGGCGUCCUACCAGGGCGACCGUACCCGGCCAAGAACUGGUCACCCCUCCUCGAGCACCGAAAAGUGUCGCGGGAGGAGAAGCGCCUCCCUUCGGUCCUAGGAGGCAAACCGCCCGCAGUUCGUUGGAAAGAAAAUCUUUCACAACUCCGGGGAAGUAAAUAUUGUCGAGUGUUCUCUCCAUUGUACGGAUGAGAGAACUGAGGCUCCCAAAAGCGUGAAUUCAGGCCCAAUGGCGUCCCCAGUAAGCAGCAGCACUGCGAGUGUGCUUUUGAUUUUUUCCUGUGGGUUUUGGUCGCAAGAAUGUCUGUAAUUAUUCCCUUCGGACGUUCUGUUUCACAGGCGUUGAAAACAAAAUAUAUUUGCUUAUGGGCUAAAUAAUAGUCUAUCAUCUAGAUGUACCCCAGUUUAUCCAUCCACCUACUGAAGGACUUCUUGAAUGUUGCCAAGUUUUCGCAAUGAAAAUAAAGCUACUAUAAACAUCCACGUGCAAGGUUUUACAUGGACCUAAGUUUUCAACUCAUUUGGGUAAAUACCAAGGAGCAAAAUUUCUGGAUUUCAUGG